CUUCCGACAGCCUCCGACUCCUGGCCGAAACUAAAUUAAUGCCAUUCAACUCUCCGUCUAAUUACAGAAACGCCACAGCCUGGCACUCCACCCCACUCCGUGGUGCCGAGUCGCCGCCGGAGGCGAGCCGCCACUCCUUCACUCUUUUGCUCGGACAUGUCUCAAAUAGCUGCCCUGCAUUCUUUCCGACCAACUGUUAGUCCCUCCUCUCUCCACGUCCGGUCAUCCCGGCAUUCUGUGAGAAUCCGAAGCCAGAGCGCUUCUGCUUCGUCUUCCUCCUCAACCUGCUCAAGAGAUGGCGACAGAUGGUCCCUCCACGGAAAGACGGCCCUCGUCACCGGUGGUACUCGGGGCAUCGGUCGGGCGAUUGUGGAGGAGCUGGCAGGGUUCGGCGCAAGAGUCCAUACUUGUUCGCGGAGUGACACUGAGCUGAACAGGUGCUUGAGGGAAUGGGGCAGUGAGGGUCUCGCAGUGACUGGGUCCAUCUGUGACGCGUCGGUUCGGGAUGAGAGGUUGGAGCUGAUCGAGACUGUGUCAUCCUUCUUCGGCGGGAAGCUAAAUAUUCUUAUAAACAAUGUGGGGACAAAUAUAAGAAAACCAACAGUUGAGGUUAGUCACGAAGAGUUCUCCCGUCUCAUGAGCACCAAUUUCGAGUCCAUAUUUCAUUUGUGCCAGCUUGCACAUCCACUUCUUAAAGCAUCUGGAAUGGGAAGCAUUGUGUUCACAUCCUCUGUCUCUGGCUUCGUGUCAUUGAAGUCCAUGGCUGUACAAGGAGCCACUAAAGGGGCAAUCAAUCAGUUUACAAGAAGUUUGGCUUGUGAGUGGGCAAAAGACAACAUAAGAAGCAAUGCUGUUGCACCUUGGUACAUCAAAACCUCUAUGGUGGAACAAGUGCUGAGCAAUGAGGAGUACUUGGAGGAAGUGUAUUCUCGGACUCCUCUACAGCGUUUGGGGGACCCAAGGGAUGUGUCAUCUCUGGUGGCGUUUCUGUGCUUGCCUGCAUCCUCUUACAUAACGGGACAGAUUAUUUGCGUCGAUGGUGGAAUGUCUGUGAACGGUUUCGACCCAAGGCACGACAUUCCUAGAAGCUGAGGUUUACCUGUUUAAGAUUCUUGUUCCCUUUUGAAGUUGAGAAAAUUUAUAGUAAGACUCAUACCCAAGCUUUGAACUUUCCAAUCUUGAAAUAUUAUUUUUCGAUUGAUGUUGUUACUUUGUGGUUCGGGUAGAUAUGGAUCUGGACUACUAGUAUUACAAUCAAGUUCUCUUC